AUGCCACUUCCACCGAUCCCCAAUGUCCGUGUUAUAGUUCGUUUACCCGAGAACCGUCCUGCAGUCCCGUUAAAUGACCCUCCAAAGAUAGAAUGGACGUCCGAAAAAGCCGAUAUACUAUGGAAGGUCAUUGAAAAGUCACGAACGAGUGAUAACGGAGGGACAGAUUGGAAGGGUUUAGCAGCACAUCUGGAAGUUCCUCUGCCUUAUCUAUUAUAUCGCGCUCAUGCGCGGUUUCAAGAAGAUUUGAGGGGUUUACAGGAUAUCGCUGUCACCAGUCCGACGAGCGGUACUCAACCUUCGUUUGAAAUCUUAGAGGAGCAGCCGAUACAUUCGAAGAAAACAAGCAGGGAGGGAGGGAGCACGGGGUCGUCUAGGACGACUAUACGAGCGAGAUUGAAUUCGCUCGGGUCUCAUUACAACCAGAAUCACAAUACUCCGAAGAAAACGACGACUUCCUCAUCUACACUCACCCUUCAAGGUCUCACACAUCCCCAUAAGCCGCUCAUAACGACUAAGAACAAAACACCGAUAACAUCCGACGAUGAAAGUAGCGACUCUGAAGAUGAAGAGAUGCUGAAAGAAGAAGAAGCCGAGAGACGGGCGGAAGAACAAGAAACGCUAAACCGUAAACUCUUGGAACUUCAGCGGAUGAUGACCACCGAUGCUCUGGGACUUGUCGCCCCUCGGAAACGUCGUAGUGGGAGUGGGAAUGCUGCCUCUCGUGGAUUUUCACCUAGAUCAAGUACUAGUGCCAGUCAAAGCACGAGCGCGAGUGUUUCGAGUGCAAGUGCCAGUGUGAGCUCACCACAGGGAUCUAUACCUGAGAUACCGACUGGUAGUGGAAGCAGUCCUUCUCAGUCUCAGUCUCAGUCUCAGUCUUAUUCCCAUUCCUCUCGCUCUCGACAACUGAAAUCGCCGUCGAGUCCGCCGGCUCUAUCGCCUAGGAGUGCGAUAGGGCAGAGGUAUGGACUUCUUAUGGGAAAGAGUAAUAGUGAGCAGGAGAGUGUGAAUGGCUCGGAGGCAUCGAGUUUUAGUGAUAUUAGCGAUGCGAGUCUUUCGGGGUCUGCGCUGGAAAGCGCAUUACUUUCGAAUAUCCGGGGUGGUGGGGGGUCGAAGUUCUCUGCGUUUGCUCGUAGCCGGUUUGGAGGAGGUCGGAGUGGUAUGCCUCAUUGAACCCGGAUUCUGUUCUUGUAUCAUUACUACACAUGUGGUGCGAGCUAAUAGUUAUCAAGUGGUCGUGAGUAUGGUGUUUGGGAUCUAGGAAACUGCGAAGCUCUGAUUCUGGAAAAAAUACUCGUAGGUCCGGAGAUAUUUUGCUGCCUUGGAUUUAGUUACUUGGAAGAAAACAUGCACAAAAGAGUUUGGCUUGGUUUUUCUCCAUACCUGCGCGGUAAUAGCGCAUGUUGUUGGAUUCAAAAUGAGGAUUAGUUUGGUUGUGGC